UGUCUUUCUCUGUGGGGCUGGGCUGAGGUCGUGGAGGGUUUCCCAACGCUAAGCCUUCCUGGAGCCUCAGAGUGAACUUUGGUCCUUCCAGCUCUGAAGCUAAACAUCGACUCGGCCUUUGUGAGAGAAUACCUCGUCCUUGCACCAAAACGAAACAGCGUCUCUCGGAGCCUCGUGUUUUGCGCUGUCAGCCGGAACCCGAAAGGCCCGGAAGAUGUCAGCGUCACGGGUGAAAAGGCUGGCCGUGACUCUGAUGGACGCCACGACCGACAAGGACCCGCUGGUGCACGAGCAGAUCUUCAGCUCCCUCUGCUUCCUGGGGGAGGAGCAGCCCGAGGAGGUCCUGCAUGCCUGCGAGGAGUACCUGCGGCAGCACGACAAGCUGGCGUACCCGCACCGCGUGAUUAUCCUGCGGGCGAUGGAAGCGGUGACGAAGAGCAGCCUCGCUCACCUGGACAAAAGCACCGCAAAGGUCGUCAUCUUCCUGGCAUCCAGCGAAAUGACCAAAUCGAAGGAGGCCGUCCCGGAGUGGCAGCAGGCGGCCAGCAGCGUCCUCGUGGCCGUCGGCAGGCGCUUCAUCAACCAGGUGAUGGAGGAGGUGCUGACCAAGUUCCAGCCAGGCGUCCUGCCGCACCCCUUCGUCGUGCAGACCUUUGCCAGCCUCGCGGUGGCGAACGUGUUCGGCAUGGUGCCCUUCCUCACCUCCAUCCUGGGGACGAUGCUGCCGAUGCUGCGGAUGGCCCGGCAGGAGAGCCUGAAGUCGGUCUUCUGCUACGCUCUGCAGCAUUUCAGCGAGAGCAUCCAGGAGUACCUGGCCAACCUGGACCAGGCGCCCGACCCGACGGUGCGGCGCGACACCUUCUCGAAUGAGAUUUUCAGCGCCUUCGACGUGCUCUUCAACAGCUGGCUGCCGAGCCGGGAGACCAAGUUGCGGCUGGCCGUGGUGGAGGCCCUGGGCCCCAUGAGCCACCUGCUGCCCGGCGAGAAGCUGGAGGAGCAGCUGCCUCGCCUCGUCCCAGGCAUCCUGGCCCUCUACCGGAAGCCGGCCGAGGCUUACCACGUCUCCAAGAGUCUGUGCCAGAUCCUCGAGGCCUCCGUCAACAUCGGCAGCCGGACUUUGGACACGCAGCUGGACAUGCUCCUCGGUGCCCUCCAGCUCCAGAUCUGUGCCCCUCCGGAUUUGUCCAUGCCGGUGUCACUGAAGAACCACAACGAGGUCCUUCGGUGCUUCACGGUGCUUGCCUCCGCCUUCCCCGACCGGGUGCUGGCGUUCCUGCUCCCGAGGUUGGAGUCGGGCAACGAGAGGGCGCGGGUGGGGACCUUGACCAUCCUGCGGCAGAUCAUAAACAGCGUCUCUUCCCAGAUGGAGGCCAAGAAGCUCUUCAUCCUGUCCUCCCUGAAGCUGCCUCUGCAGGACAGCAGCAACAAGGUGAAGCGGGCAGCGGUGCAGCUGAUCAGCGCCAUGGCCCACCACGGGUACCUGGAGCAGCCGGGCGGAGAAGCCUUGAUCGAGUUCCUCGUCCGCCAGUGCGCGCUCCCGGCUGAGCAGUCCCCACAGCCGCCCCGGAGGCACUCCCUGGAGACCGAGGACGUGACGGACCGGCAGCUCCGGGACAUCAGCGUGAGCACACUCUGCCUCCUCAGCAGCACGGUGGACAGGAUGGCCGACGUGCUCUGGCCUUCGCUGCUGGCGUUCGUCACCCCCGUCCACCUGACCGGCGCCCUGGCCCCGCUCUGCCGGAGCCUCAUCUACCUGGCCGGCCAGAGGCAAGAGGAGGACGAGGCCGCCUUCCAGCUGCCCUCCGACGGCCACGGACCCCUCCCGUCCGCUUACGCUCUCCUGACACGGUUGCUGGUCGUGGCCUCCCGCCCGCACGCAGGAGAGGGGCGCGCGGCAGCUGCCCUGCGGCUCCUGGCCGUGCUGCACCGCAGCCUCCACAAGGCCCUCCAGCCGCUCUGGAGCGAGGAGAUCCCUGCCCUGGUGGGACACCUGGAAGCGAACACGGCGGCAUCACUGUCCCAGAAGGAAUGGGAGGAGCGGCUGCUCGCGCUCCUCAGCCGGACUCUGGCCACUGUUGCGGACACGCUCUGGACCCGCCGGCUGGUUCUAGAAAUGCAUCGGCAGCUGAGCAGCUACUGUGGGGCACCUCCGGAGAAGAGCUUCCUUUACAAGAGCAUUGGGACGGCCCUGGCCGCCUGCCUGGACAAGGAGCUGGUGCAGAGGCAGCUGCAGGAGCUCCUGGAGACGGCCAGGUACCAGGAGGAGGCAGAAAAGGAGGGCCUGGCCGCCUGCCUGGGGCUGUGUGCGGCCAGCCACCUGGACGAGACCCUCGCCAAGCUGGAGGAGUUCGUGAAGUCCGACCUCUUCAAGAAGUCCGCGGGGCUCUUCAGCCUCUUCAAGGAUCGCAGCGACAACGAGGCCGAGAAGGUCAAGGGCGCCCUCAUCCUGUGCUAUGGCCACGUGGCCAGGCACGCCCCGCCGGAGCUGGUGCUGGCCCGGAUCGACACCGACUUCCUGCGCAACAUCUUCCUCUACUUCCACACCAAGGUUCUGGGAAUAAAGGUAGAAACCAAGGACCUGACCCUGAAGCUGUGCCUCAUCCGGAGCAUCUGCAUGAUCUGCCAGGCGGUCUGCUCCAGCGCGCAAGCCCGGGGCUUCAGCUUCGCCCGCAAGGGCGAGCUGGUGCUGCAGAUGAUGGACUUCAUCCGAGCCGAGCCGCCCGACUCCCUGCACAGCCCCGUCCGCCAGAGGGCCAUGGCCGCCUGCGUGUACCUUGUUGUGCUGGAGCCCCCCCUGAGCGACGUGGAGACGGCCGAGCUGGUGGAGACGUGCCUGGCCAGCGUGCUGCCCCUGCCCGAGGCCCCGGGGGAGUGCGAAGGGGCACCGCCGCCUCCCGGGCACGAGGAGCCCCUGUGGGAUGGCACGCUCCGCGCCCUGAAGGACCUGCUGAGGAGCCUCCUCUGCCGGCACGUGACUCCGCACGGCCUGCAGACCAUGUUCGAGCACCUCAGCCCCUGGAUCAGGUCCGCCGAGGAGCGGGAGCGGGCGCGGGCCGUGGAGCUGGGCGCCGUGGUGCUGCACUUCUACUGGGAGAAGCUGAACGUGAGCACGGUGAUGCCCUUCCACAACCUGGGGCAGCUGGCGGCCCUGCUCUCCCCCCGCUGCACCGACUCCCUGGCCAGCGUCCGCCGGCACGCCGUGGACGGCAUCUGCGCACUGCUCUACGUCCAGCUCUGCUAUGAAGGGUUUUCCCGAGAUCACCGGGACGAGUCCAUCGAGCGGCUGAAGGCCCUGAAGGCGAGCCUGCGGGACCCGGACGUCCACGUGCUCUUCCAGGCCUGCUGCACCAUCGCCAAGGUGGUGGCCAAGCGCCUGCCCCCCGAGCAGCUGCUCAGCCUCCUGCUCGCCCUGCUCGGCGGGCUGGCCGAUCCCGACCGGAACUGCUCGCGGGCAGCCGCCGUGCUGAUCAACGCCGUCCUGAAGGAGCGCGGGGCUGUCCUGGCCGAGAAGGUGCCCGAGAUCCUGGCGACGGUGCACGCCAAGCUGCAGGAGGUGGACGAGGAGCCCGUGCGGAAGGCCGCGCAGCAGACGGUCUGCAUCCUGGCCGCGCAGCACAAGGCCGCCGUUGUGGCCGCCCUCCUGGGCCAGCCGCUGCCCUUGGACCGCUCCACGGGCACCAUGUGGCGGGCGCUGGCCACGGAGCCCACCCUCGCCUCCCAGGUCCUGGAGCUGCUGCUGGAGAAGGUGAACCACGACGUCCCGUACAAGGAGACCAAGUCCUUCCUGCGGGGGGGCGGCCCGGAGCGCGUGGCCACCCUGCUGCCCCUCUCGGCCACAUGCGCGCUGCAUGAGAUCAUGUCUGUGCGGGAGUCCGGGCCGGCUGUGGCGGGCCUCUACGCGGACCUGUUCGCCUCCCUGCUGCUCCGGGUCAGCUGCGCGGUGGGCGUCCUGCUCCCCAAGGCCGUGCAGGCGAGCGAGAGGAAGAGCGCUGCCCGCGGGCAGCCCCUCCGGGCCCUGGACCCCUGCAGCUCCGCGGUGGAGACGCUUCAGGCCAUGCUGGCUCGGGGGGGCAGCGAGGAGGUGGUCCAGUCGGUGGCCCAGGCAGACGGCUGGGAGCUCCUGCGGAGCACCGAGAAGCACCACGAAGGGGUCGCCCUCCUGGCCAGGGCCUUGGCGAGGCACGCGGGGCCCAAGCUGCCGCCGGUCGUGAGGAACCUGGCCCCGAUGCUGAGCAGCAUCUACGACAGCCAGCGGCUCACCACCACCGCCUUCCUGGCCGAGCUCCUUGGCAGCAGUGUGGCGAGCGACCUGGUGCUGCUGGAGUCCCUGAUGGACAGCAUGGCCGCCCGGCAGAGGGACCCCUGCACCGCCGUGCGCGUGCUCGCGCUCCGCGGGCUGGGCAACAUGGCUUCUGGCUCGCCCGACAAGGUGCGGAAGCACGGGGCCCACCUCCUGGCCGCCAUGGUCAGUGGCCUGGACGACCGGGACGACCCGCAGCAGCUGGUGGCCCUGGAGGCCAUGCGGGGCCUCUCCGCGCUCCUGCCCUUCCUGGAGGAGCGCGACGUCCAGCCCAUGCUGCUGCACUUGGCCAUCCGCAUCCGGCCCUUCUUCGACAGCGAGAGGUGCGAGCUGCGCACGGCCUCCAUCGCCCUCUUCGGCAGCCUGAGCAAGUUCACCUCCGGGGCAGGCGAGGAGGCCUUCUUCGAGCAGAUCCUGAAUGGGCUCGUGACACUGCUGCUCCACCUGCAGGACCCGAAGCCCGAGGUCGUCAAGGCCUGCAAGUUCGCCCUGCGCAUGUGCGGCCCCCGCAUGGGCUGCGCCCUCCUCUGCGACAUGUUCCAGAACCACCUGCACGAGGACCGGUGCCUCCACUACGGCGAGUUCAUGAACGACGUCUCCAAGCACCUGAUGCAGAGUUACCCAGAGACGCUGAGCCGGCUGGUUGCCACCAACCUCUUCUACUUCAAGAGCAACUGGGCCGACCUGCGGGCCGCGGCCCCCAUGUUUGUAGGCUUCCUGGUCCUGCACGUGGACAAGGCCCACAGCCAGCAGCUGGACCUGGAGCAGCUCAUUGCCGCCCUGAGCGUGCUGCUGAAGGACCCCGUGGCCGUGGUGCGGGCGAAGGUGGCCGAGGCGCUGGGCCGCCUGGUCCGGAUAGCCUGAGGGCCGCUCGAACUCUGCCCGGAGCCGUGGGGAGGGGCCGCCGCUCCCACCGCAGACCUGCCCGCCCGCGCCUCCGGACUCGACGACUUCCAGCCCAGGCGCCCAUCCCGGCGGGAACUCGAAGAGCGGCUGUGUGGCCCGGCUGGCCC